AUGGCUUCCAUGCCGGGAACUUUAGCUUUCGACGAAUAUGGUCGGCCAUUCAUUAUUAUUCGAGAUCAAGAAAAGCAGAAACGACUGACGGGCGUAGAUGCAUUGAAAUCUCAUAUUAUGGCAGCUCGUUCAAUUGCCAAUACUUUGAAGACUUCUUUAGGGCCAAAGGGUCUCGAUAAAAUGAUGGUUUCGUCUGAUGGAGAUGUUACUGUUACAAACGAUGGAGCUACAAUUUUGAAACAAAUGGAUGUUGAUCAUGAAAUUGCUAAAUUAAUGGUUCAGUUGUCUCAAUCCCAAGAUGAUGAAAUUGGAGAUGGAACAACUGGCGUAGUGGUACUUGCUGGUGCCCUUUUGGAACAGGCUGAACAACUUUUGGAUAAAGGUAUUCAUCCAAUCCGAAUUGCUGAUGGAUUUGAACUAGCUGCUGCUUGUGCAGUUCGCCACCUUGAGAAGAUUUCAGAUAGCUUUCCAGUGGAUGUCAAUAAUCUGGAGCCAUUAAUUCAAACUGCGAUGACAACACUUGGUUCAAAAAUAGUUAACAAAUGUCAUAGACAAAUGGCUGAAAUAGCUGUCAAUGCCGUCAUGACUGUCGCAGAUAUGGAAAAGCGUGAUGUCAACUUCGAGCUCAUUAAAGUGGAAGGAAAGGUGGGGGGAAGAUUGGAGGAUACAGUUCUUGUAAAAGGUGUUGUUGUGGAUAAAGAUUUUUCACAUCCUCAGAUGCCUAAAGUUUUACGUGAUGUAAAAAUUGCCAUCUUGACUUGCCCAUUUGAACCACCAAAGCCGAAGACUAAGCAUAAGUUGGAUGUAACUUCAGUGGAGGAUUAUCGUGCAUUGAGAGAAUACGAACAAGAAAAAUUUGAUGAAAUGGUGAAGCAGGUGAAAGAUGCUGGAGCCACCUUAGCGAUUUGUCAAUGGGGAUUCGAUGAUGAGGCCAAUCAUUUGUUGUUACAAAGACAACUUCCAGCUGUGCGUUGGGUUGGAGGUCCAGAAAUUGAACUUAUUGCUAUUGCUACAGGAGGGCGUAUUGUUCCUCGUUUUGAAGAAUUGUCACCUGAUAAAUUAGGCUUUGCUGGGUUAGUACGUGAACUUUCAUUUGGUACAACUAAAGAUCACAUGCUAGUUAUCGAGGAAUGUAAGAAUUCUCGUGCUGUGACUAUUUUCAUUCGUGGAGGCAACAAGAUGAUUAUUGAAGAAGCAAAACGUAGUAUACACGAUGCAUUGUGUGUUGUACGAAAUUUGGUUGUGGACAAUCGAAUUGUGUAUGGAGGUGCUGCUGCAGAAAUCUCAUGUGCUAUUGCUAUAUCUGAAGAGGCUGACAAGAUUUCUUCUCUGGAACAAUAUGCAUUCCGAGCCUUUUCUGAUGCUUUGGAGAGUAUCCCAUUGGCUCUCGCAGAGAAUUCAGGCCUCUCACCUAUUCACACACUUACAGAAGUAAAAGCUCGACAGGUAAAGGAAGGAAAUCCUGCUCUUGGCAUUGACUGUAUGCUGAAGGGAACUUGCGAUAUGAAAGAACAGCAUGUUAUUGAAACAUUACAUAGCAAGAAACAGCAAAUUGUAUUAGCCACUCAGUUGGUGAAGAUGAUCCUUAAAAUUGAUGAUAUUCGAUCUCCAAAUGAUAGCAUGGGAUUCUAA